AUGACAACCAAGAGCGCGUUGCUGAAGGGUAUGGGCCAAGCCGCCAUCGUGCUCAGCUCUGCUAAUGCUCACUCAUAUGAGAAACGGAAUUCGGUACUGGAGAUGUACAUCAACAAUAAUAUGAAACCUCAAUCACUAGAUAUGUCUGCGGACAGCAUCAUGUAUAUGUUUGGAGACAAUUACUACGAGGGCUGGACCGAAUUCUUGACCAAAUACAACCGACCCCCUUACUUAAACUCAGAUGAAAUCGGGAGUAUCAGUUUUGGAAUGGGCGGAGACGGCAGUGGUGUUCCUUUCCAUCGUCACGGUGCUGUGUUUGCGGAGAUACUACAUGGUCACAAGCGCUGGUAUCUCUAUCCGAAAGGAACACCCGAGCCACCUCUGUCACAUCCGAAUCAAACCUCUCAAUUCUGGACACUAAAAAAUUACGAAUCUCUGGCCGCAAAUGAGUUGCCCAUGGAAUGCGGUAGGUAG